UCUUCUCGAGGUCGUCCUAUCAGAAGUGGAAGGAGACAGCCUGCAACUUCAAGCAGUUUUGAGAUUCUGUACCUUUCUUGAGCGCAGACAGACCCCUUCUCCCCCUCUUCAAGCAAUCCCUUCUGAAGUGAAGCCAUAAACGACUUUACCUCUCCUAUCCCUCUUCCAGCAAAACCCUUUUGACGUGAAACCCCUCCCCCCCCGGAAGGCUGUACUCUCUUUCUCUCUCUCUCUCGCUGUGUGUGAUUGAUCAGCCAUGGGUGUGCCGGUGGUGAGAUUUCCGAUCGUGCGGAUCAUAAGAGCGAUGGGUGUCACCAUCAUAUCUCUUGUGCUCAUCUGGGCUGUCCAUUUCAGAGGAGGACUCGCACUCGUCUCUGACGAUAAAGAUCUCAUCUUCAACGUCCAUCCUGUUUUAAUGGUGACUGGCCUCAUUCUUCUGAAUGGUGAAGCCAUGAUCGCAUACAAGACAGUUUCAGGAACACAGAGCUUUAAAAAAUUAGUUCAUCUUACACUACAACUUCUCGCCUUCUGUCUAAGUGUGGUUGGAAUCUGGGCCGCGUUGAAGUUUCAUAACGACAAGGGCAUUGACAAUUUUUACAGUCUGCAUUCCUGGUUGGGACUUGCCUGCAUUCUUUUGUUCGGCAUUCAGUGGGCACUUGGAUUUGUGAUCUACUGGUACCCGGGUGGCUCAAGGACUAGCAGGGCCACAUUACUUCCUUGGCAUGUAUUUUUCGGCAUCUAUAUCUAUGCUCUCGCUAUUGCUACUGCUACCACGGGUUUUCUAGAGAAGGCCACAUUCCUUCAGACAAAUCAGGUAAUAUCACGGUAUUCUUCGGAGGCCUUGCUCAUGAACUCGUUGGGUGUCUUGGUUGUGGUAUUGGGUGGUUUUAUUGUCCUCACCAUUCUCGCUCCUGCAAAUGGCAAGGUUGGUCCAGCCGAGUAGAGAAACUGCAAAUACUUUUUGCUUUUUCGUAUUUAUUAUGAAUCCAGAUUGUAUUCUUGAUCUUGUACUGAGGGGUCAUCCUCAUCGUGACAUCGAUGAAAUAUCACAGUAACUCAAUGUAUUGAUCCUGUAUAAACCGAUUGUGAGUUAAUUUCAGGGGAAAGCAAAUGAUGGAAA